CUUAAACUGUUAUUUUUUGCUCAUCUUUUAGCGAAAUAUGGUGAAUUUCACCCAUAGCAUUUAACAAAGGUUAAUAAAGAAAUACACCAUAUAAAAGUUUGGUCAAGUCCAAGUUUGAUAGCAGUAAGUUUGCGAGAACUAUUGAAUGGGACUAGUUUUGCAAGUUUUCGUUUAAGGUUAUUUGAUCAUAGUCAAUUAUAUUCAUAUUAUACGGAACAGAUGUUUCGUUGAAACAUUUAAAAUGAAAUUGAAACAUGUCAGUGAAAGAAAUAGAGACUCUGCAAAACACGCCUGGUGCGGUGCCAUUAGAAUCCAGUCUCUCUCUUUCGUCCCAAUCAUGAGUCGAUAUGGCGUACUGGUGAGAUCACCAGAAAGUUACGUCGUUAUUUUCACGGAAAUAUGGUGUUAAACUUCACAGGAUUUUCCAGUCUCAAGUAUCAGUUUCAUAUUAGUGAAGCUAUUCUCUUGAUCUUGUCGAUGCUUUUGGGGAUAUUUUCUAGUCUGCGGCUGAAUGAAGUUACUAAGUUGUGCGCUGGACAAUGCAUGUUAUUCGCGAAGUUGUACGAACGAGCUCGAAUUCUACAAGGUUCUUCCCCAGGGUGGUGCUAUUUGCCGGCCUGUUUGCACUUAGCAGCAGGGUUAUGCUCAUUGGUUGUGCUCAGCUUCGUUAGAGGGGGAAGAUAUAGGUCACAGAGCAAUUGUUCAAGAGUUCUUGGUCUCAUAUCUGUAUCUGCUUUUCUCGCAUUUCUAUCCUCUUGGAUUAUUUCCUCUGGAUUUCGAGAAUUUUGCAAGUCCUUUGUCAUAAACAGAUGCAGUGCAGAACAUUUUAGCUCAAUGGAUUGGAAAAAUUUCACCCCAAAGUAUUGUUAUUGUUCAAAUUCAUAUAGGUUACUACAAAAAAUUGAGGGUUCUAGUUGGUGUGCCUGUUUGUUAUUGUCUGUCUUAUGUGUGACUCAUUUUGUGCGAUUAUGGGCUGGGCUGCAAAUUACUUCAACACCUUGAUAGAUGAUUCAGUUUAACUGACUUCUUCCGCUGACCUCUCCAUGAGGAUCAUUUUGACACCUGGCUAACUCAGUGCUGACAGAUUUUCCCUUGACCCUCUUACUCCCAAGAUCCAAUUAGUAUUUCUCCUUAGUGUUUUUGACAUUCUUAUGAUAUUACAUUGUAGUUUGGAGAAUUUGAUAUUGGAUCAAAUAAUGACUCCCUAAUUGAUAUUUUCUUCUCAUCUAUUGCCUGAUUGAUACUGUAAGGAGAAAUUCUGUCUUGGUCACAUUUGGGAGAUAUAGGGUUAACCCUUUAACUCCCAAAAUCUGAUUGUUAAUUCUCCCCUGUAGCUGCUACACAUUUCCUUGUAAAUUAGUUAUGAGAACUUGGUGCUAGAUCAAGACAGCGGCUUCUACCUGAUAAUUUUGAAUAUUCUCAUCACCUGUUUGCUAAAGAAUGUAUGGAUAUUGUAGGGAGAAGUUUUAUGUUAAUCACUUCUGGGAGUUAAAGGGUUAAGUGUGUUUUGUUGUUACAUGUACAAAUAUCAGCUCAAGAGUGUUAUCCUCUAAAUCAGAAUAGACUUCAACUUAGUUACAUAGAAUAGAAAAAUAACAGUAGGAGUUCAUACAAAAUUAUUCUAGAAUUAAUAGUGUGAUGCAUGUAGGCUCUAAUGAGACUCUGCCGGUUGAAUAGCUAGUGGUUUAUGAAAAGAAGGGAAUAAAUUUCAUUGUUUGGUGUCCUGAUAUUUACCCUUUAACUCCCAGAUCAAAUUUGUAAUUCUUCUCACCAUCAACCAUUCAAUUCUUAUAAUGUCAGUUCAGCGAAUUUAGUAUUGAAUCAACUAAUUAUCACCAAAUUGGUAUUUUUCUUUAUUCUCAUCACUUAUUUAGUUGAUAUUGUAUUGAUAUUGUAAGGAGAAAUUCUGUCUUGGUCACUCAUGGGAGUUAAAGGGUUAAAGGAUAUUAGUAUUUUAUUUCAUAUUGAAUAAUUUAACAAACAUAACUCACUGAUGGCUCCUCUCAAUAACUUAUAAUAACUAUUUAUUCAAUCUCUCUAUGCCCAUUAAGGCAGUAAAUAACCAAAAAAAUCAGUCAAUGUUGUGAUGAUGAAAGUGACAAAACCAUGCAGUAGGCUACACAGUUUUCCACUUACACUGGAGUGACACCAAUUGAAACUAAAUAGAAACCAAUUUUAAGAAUUUAAGCUGUGAAACUUAGAAACAAUAUAGAUAUAUGUACCAGAAAGUCAAUAUUAAGAAUGUUAAUUAAGCUAUAGAACACGCUUUCUGUUGUCAACUCCAGUUCCCAACAUCCCGCCACGGUUGUAGGCUGGUUAACUGAUAGAAAGUUUUGUCUAAUGCUCUUUUAUAAAAUAACUUUGGGUUAACCAUUACAACAAAGGGUAAUAUCUCAGUUAUUUUAUUAAGUUUUUCAAGUCUUACAGUAUAAAGCCUUUUAUGCUAUGGAAUAUUAAUUUUUUUGAUAUUUGGUAUCUGAUCCUUAAGAUGAUGACUCUGGACACUGUUGGAGACAGUUUACAUUAUUUCAUCAUUAUUUAUUUCAAAUGAAAAACUUCUCAUUUGGUUUUCUGAAGCUAUAAAUUUCUAUAUUAUUAAUUCAGCAAAACAUUUCUGAAUAUUUGCAAACUAAGAAGUACUAAUUUAAAGAUAUCUUGAUCCCCUGUCACUUGUAACCUCAUAAAAUGGAAUUUCUUGGAUGGGUGAUGAGUAUGCCAUUCUCUCAUCAGUAAGGUAAUACUCAGAAGCUUUCAUCUCAAACAAGCUUUUCUUGAAAUUUCUACCAGAGAACACUGUUAUGAUAAACCAAAUCCCUAAAGCAGAAUAUGAUGCAACCUGGUGUAAAAAAAAAAUGAAAAUGCGUGUAUUA